GCUGUCCACCACCUAUGGUAUCUCGUAUCUUCACUCAUGCCUCCUUGUCAUUCCCUCCGCAAGGCUACAACUAAACUAGGUAGGUUUGGGAUGCAGAUUAUGCCGACGGCAAAAGGCUCAUCAUCUCUCCCAACAUCUCUUCAUCCUCCACUUCUUCUGCUGCUGCUGCUGCUGCUUGUUAUCCGGCCAUCGAAGGUGGUGGCGGACGACGGCAAGAAGCGCACCACGCCUCCCAGCUCCGGUGCUGCUCCUCAACUUCUUUCCGAAGCUCAUUUCAGGGCCGGUGAGCACAGUAAUUCCGGGAACCGCCAUCCUCCCACUCCUCCAAGCCCUGCUGCUGCUGCUAAACUUCCACCCACUCCUCCAAACUCCGCUGCUGAAGGUUCCAGCGCCGAUGGGCAUCGUCGUUGUACGUCCGGCGCCUCCAACACUGGGGAUAAUCCAGACGGCAGAAAGGGGGACGGUGUCUGCCGAGGUGCUGCCUCCCCAUACAAAGGUCCCAAGCAGGAUUGUGAUGCUCCUCCAUGCUAAUAGCAUGCCGCGAGAAUUCGAGUAAAGUUUGUGGUUUAACUCUGGGCAACAAAAGAAAUGGACAACUGAUGAUGAUUUUGCACAAGAUAUCAUUGGAAUCGCCCCUCCUCCGGUCUCGACUUGAGAUGAUACUACUAUAUAUCAUUGGAGUCGCGACUCAUGCAACUUUGUAUCGAAUACCAAUAAUAACAAUCCUACAUGUGCAAAAAAGCCACGCCGCUCUACAUAUUGCAUCAAGUAUAUGUAAUCCCACAUGUUGAAGGAUUGUUCUACGUACUUUCAGAACGUGCAACAAAUACAGUAUAGCUGCUAAUUUAGUCUGUUGCCCUCAAUUCUUACAACAAGAAUUGGUUAAACAAACAGUUAAAACGGCAAAAUCUGUUUAAACCCUUCCAGGCCAGUUCAAAAGAAUAUUAAUGUGUCACUCCCUCAAAUGACGCGUACUACCCCUGUAAACUAAUAUAAGACGUUUUAGGUCACCAAAGUACAGAGGGAGUACAUUCUAAACAAAGCAGGCAUGUGGACUAACCUACGAUUUCACAGUCACCAUAAGGAGCUCCUGAUCUGAACUACAAACGUUUCGCGCCAAUCCACGUGAACCAGGUUUCAAAUAUCGAAAGAAAAGGCUACAAGAAAAACUAAAUGCAUAACAGAGGAAGAGUCGCAUACGAGUCCAUGUGGCAUAAACUUUCAGGAUCAACAAACUUGCUCCAAAACAUGGACGAUACACGUUAUAAAAUCAAACGGGUUUGGAUGUACCGUCAGUUUACACGUUACAAAAUUAAACGGAUUUGGA